GUUGGACUUGCAAGAGAGUGCAUUAGAUAACUUAAGUACGAUAUGAACUAUCUUACUUAUCCAAGCUAUUUAUGAUAAGUAUGCCCAUUCUAAAACUCCUCAAAAUUUAUGUUUUUAAUACGGCUAUAGUGGUUGCACGAUAUUAUUGAGAGGUUAUUCUGCCAUUCCUCAAGUACAGCAGCAACAUUCGAAUACUACCAAGUGGAUGUCGUUGGUCAUUAAGUCAAGUGCCUUGAUUACAUACCAUAGGAAUUGAGAUAUCCUCAUUAAAUGACCUUUACUACAAGAAAUCUGAAGAUUAUUUUGAGUUCUCACUAACUGUUGAUUUGAUCUAAAAAUGCGCAUAGCGUCUCUUCAUAAAUGAGUACGAAUUAGUUUCAAUUCCCAUUUCGCGUACUUUGCGGUGAAAUGCUUAUUUUGGGGAAGUCACUUGCAUGUUUAGAAAUUCUGUCUUUUCCUUCUUCUUGAAAAUCAGAAGCGUAAUUGAAUUGCAUACAAUCGCAGAUUUAUUCUUCUUCUUAUAUCUUGUUCAAAUCUCAGUUUACGUGCAACACUAUGGUAAGCACAUACCCAUACCACGUGUGUUUUAGUGAAAGAGUUCUAAAGUUUCAAAAAAAAAAAAAUUCUUAGGCUAUACAAAAAAGUGGUUUUAACUCUUGAAAAAAGUUAUGGAAAAUUUUCUUCCGAAAGAUAAGGUCCCUUUCCAUACAUCCAGUCUUUGCAGGAAUAAGAUUCUAAUUUAUUUGAUUCCGGGUAUUUUACAGGUAUCAAAAUGUCUUCGUCACUUAUUUUGAGCUCCUUACCGUCUGUGACAACUGUGCUGCUGGUUAUUUCUAGUUUUACCCUUUUCGUAGUAUUCUACAUUCGAAAUAAAUACUCUUACUGGGAGAGACGGGGUGUGCCAACUCCAAGGGAGGUCGAUGUGCCCUUCGGCCAUACCAAGGAUUUAUUCUUUCGACGGACACCCAUGACCUUCGUUUUUCAACAAAUAUAUGAUGAACUCGAAGGCCAUAAAUUUGGUGGAUUUUACCAGCUGACGAAACCGUUCCUAAUGAUCCGAGAUCCAGAGCUGAUCAAGAGUAUUUUCGUGAAGAAUUUCUCUCAUUUUCACGAUCGCAACAACAAGAUGAGCGAAGAGAUGAGUUCGCUAUCUAGCCAUCUGGUCAGCUUAACAGGACAAAG